AAUAGUUUAAUAGUAAAAAAAUGCAUCCGUGAGUGGGGAGUUUCGGCGAAAUAGCAGGGGCAGCAGAAAGACGGAAAACGGCGAAGGGCGUGCAAGCAGAAGUAACGGUUCCACUGACGGUGUGUGCGAGUGUGUGUAAAAAUGUGCUUGGCGGACGACAAAGGCAACGAGAAGCGAUUGCGGGUGUGGAAUUAAAAUUAAAUUCACACGAAUUUAUGCGCGAGGCGCGUGUUUUUUUGGCAAAUCCUUGGCUUUUGGAAAUUUGCAUCGUUGACGAGGCGGAAUAAUGAAUCGAUGACUAUUUGCUGCUGAUACGGCCACAUCUGCCAGCUGUCUUGGGUCGCCACCUCUCACUCACACUCGCGUUAUCCUGCGAAGCCCAAAGAACAAUAACAACAAAAACCAGACUCCUUGCCCGAGGCUUAGCUUGUCAGUCGAACUCCAACCACAGCCAACUCGAACUCCAACUCAAACGGCAGCCAACUCCAACCAAAAAGGCCUGCGCAGGAGAGAAAGAGAGAGAGUGCGCUAAAGGGCUCUCCGCCGGCUGUGGGAGAGGAAAAGAGAAGGAAAGGACGAGAGGCGGAAGUGGUGACAUCUGUUUUGCCGCUUUGUCAGAUUGCGGAUGCUGCUGCCGAACACGAACGAGGACGAGCGAGCACGAACGAACAAGGAGCACAACGUGAACAAGUGUGGAAAUUGGAAUUUUUAUUCAAAACAAUGCCCCUGCUGCAACAGUACGACACCUCUGAUUGCUCUGGUUCUGGUGGCAACAUGCGAGCCCUGAGCGGAAACUCAACCACGGAGCUGUUGCAGAAACACUCGAUCAGCUCCUACCUGGAGCACCACCAGCAGCAGCAACAGCAGCAUCAGCUGCAACACAAUCUGCUGGACAGAUGCAACGACGAAGGAUUGAUAUCCUUUAUCAAUGAUCCAAUCACACUGAACGAUCUACUCGGCCUGUGCGGCAGUGGUGGCGGCGGCAACGGGGUGGUCGGUAUUGGCCAGAGCCCCUCGACAUCGUCCACGGCGUUGGGCGGAGGAGCUGCCACUGGUGCAACAACGACAACAGGAGUAGUUGUCCGAGCAGGAGGAUCGGGACCGGGUCAAGGAGGAGUCGUGGGACAAACCACCGCCACGGGCAACAGCCCGGCGGGCAACCCAUCCGCCAGCUUCGGGGGCAACGGCAGCAGCGGCGACGUCAACAAUCUGCUGCUCGCCAAUGCGGCAGCCGCUGCUGCUUCCGCUGCCGCCGCGGCUGCCGGCGAUGGCGCUCAACUGUCCGCCAAUGCGGCCGUCUACGCUCCACUAACGCCCAGCUCCACUCAGUCCUCGGCAUCGCCGGGCACCAAGUCCAGUUUUGACUACUUCCAGUUUGAAAAUGUUGCACAAAGUAACCCACUUAAGGCUUUCCAAAGAACAAACAUCAGCUUCGAUUGCUCUGCACCCUUAUCGCCAAGUACGCCUACAUCUAUUUACAAUCGCUCCUUUCACAGUUCACCUUUAGUCAGCGACAGCAGCAACUCGUCGAGUGGCAAUGGCCUCUCCCUGGACUCUAUCAACAUGCUCUACCACCAGCAGCAGCAACAGCAGGCACAGAAACAGCCGGGAUACACCAGCCUGGGUAACUCCACUGGCAGCGGAUUGGGACUGAGUCUGGCCAACGCCUCCACGCGCUCCAACUCACCAGAGAGCCAGAACAGCGGCCAGUCGAUAACCGAGCCCAACCUACUGGAUAUGAUUAAUCUGCUGUCUGUGAAUAGCACCAAACUUGUCUCCAUGCAGCAGCAGCAACAACAGCAGCAGCAACACCAUCACCAAUCGCAGCAACAUCAGCAGCAGCAGCAGCCACACCAGCUUCAGCAGCAGUACGCCAAUUUGAACAGAAACUUUGAGCAGCAAGUGGCCGCCAACGGAGGUGGGCAACAGCACGGUUACGAGCAGAACGGCGUUGGCGUGGGAGCUGCCAGCGGAGGCAGCGAUAACUGCCUCAAUCACUAUACUUUGGAGAACCUUGCCAAUGUGGACAUGGAGCUGGCCAAACUGCAGAAUCUGCAGCGCAUCAACACUCUGAAGUUGCUGCAGGCCCAGACGCAACAGAUGCCGCUGAUCAAUCAGCUGCUCCAGAGCUAUGCCGGCAGCACCAUGGGCAGUGUCGCGGGAGGCAAUCUCAAUAGCCUUAUGGGCAUGGGCGGCUCGAGCAACGGCGUGGGCAUGUCCGACAUGACUGGAGGCGGAGGCGGAAGCGGUGGCGUCAGCGGAACAACCAAUGAUGGCCACUUGGAUCGCGUGGCCAAGUUCCACAGGAGCUCUGCGGCUUUGUGCGAUGCCACCUGCACUUGGAGCGGACAGCUGCCGCCGCGUUCGCACCGCAUGCUCAACUAUUCUCCCAAGGUCUUCCUCGGCGGUAUUCCCUGGGACAUAAGUGAGCAAUCGCUAAUCCAGAUCUUCAAGCCGUUUGGUUCCAUCAAAGUGGAGUGGCCCGGCAAGGAGCAGCAGGCUGCGCAGCCCAAGGGAUAUGUCUACAUUAUAUUCGAGUCGGACAAACAGGUUAGAGCCUUGCUUUCGGCAUGCGUGGUUCAGGUGGAUGAUUCGCAGAGUGGCAGCAACUAUUACUUUAAAAUCUCAUCGCGUCGCAUCAAGUCCAAAGAUGUUGAGGUUAUUCCAUGGAUAAUUGCCGACUCGAACUUUGUGCGCUCCAGCUCCCAGAAACUAGACCCAACGAAGACCGUAUUUGUGGGAGCCCUGCAUGGAAAACUGACUGCUGAGGGCUUGGGUAAGAUUAUGGAUGAUCUUUUCGACGGCGUGCUGUAUGCCGGUAUCGAUACGGACAAGUAUAAGUACCCAAUUGGAUCGGGACGUGUGACUUUUAGCAACUUUCGCUCAUACAUGAAAGCAGUGUCGGCUGCUUUCAUCGAGAUUCGUACAACGAAGUUCACCAAGAAAGUGCAGGUGGAUCCGUAUUUGGAGGACGCUUUGUGUUCAAUAUGCGGAGUACAACACGGUCCCUACUAUUGUCGCGAGUUGUCUUGCUUCCGAUACUUCUGCCGCAGCUGCUGGCAAUGGCAGCACAGCUGCGAUAUUGUCAAGAAUCACAAGCCAUUGACUCGUAACUCCAAGUCGCAAAGCCUGGUGGGUAUCGGACCAUCAUCGUCGACCGUUUCGCUGGCCUCUUCCAGUCACAGCAUCAACGGCGACAACAAAAUGGGGCACAGCCAGCAACAUCAGCACCAGCAGCAGCAGAAACACCAGCAUCAGGUUCCACAGCAGUCGCAGGUCCACAAUCUCAAUAUGAUGGGCAACUCAGGAGCGACCAGCGCCGCUGCCACAUCGAUGUACAACUAUCAGCAGCGACAGCAUCAAAAGCACCAGCAGCAAUUGCAGCACCAGUAUCAGGCUAUUUAGACUGCUACGUCUUUUAUCCGCACUGUUUUAACGGAUAUUUCCGCACUUAUCAUGUGCGGAACUUUGGACUUUUAGGCAACGUAGAAAAAAUGGCGCAUACGUUUUCGCAGACAGUUUUCCUGGAGCCAACGAAGACCCGGACUCAUCAUCGUCAUUUUCAUUGUGAACACAGUUUUAUUAAUGUGUAUAUUAGAUUGGUACGAUAUGAAGCUUA